GGAAGUUGAUUUUUUAAACAAGUUACCAAAAUCAUGGCCGCAGCCAUCUGUGUUUUGUGAGGCGUUUUGGGGUUUUAUAUUUCACUUGUAUUGUAGGCAUGCUAUGGAUUUCUCGAGAUGAACAGGAAACGGACACUGAUUUCAGAUGCUUUCAAAGUCAAGAAACGGCGAUUGGCUGAAAACACGUUUGACAAGGCAUCAUGCGGAGAGGCAGACCCAGGUGGACCCCUGGAUAUAAAAUCCAGUUUGGAAUACCUCAUGACUCUCUUUCCUCGCAAAGUGUUCAAUGACUCUCUUCCACGAAUUGCCAUGAAGCAUCAGCUUUACAGCUUACACAGUGCCAAAACCCUGGUGGACAGACAGUUGAAUCUGCUCAGAGAGCAGGGAGAGGUGGUUAUAUUCCAGCUUGGCUUUGACGCUGAUGCAUUCGGGCUGGUGUUCACCUCUGACUACAAGGAGAAGACCUUGGCAGGCAUCGCUGGCACAGAGUGCCAAGACACCGUGGAGAAGUUCAUGAAUAAAGUGCUGCCAUCCUGCACCGACCUCAGCUUCAACAAAGAAAAGAUGCUGAAGGAGUUUCUAUUCACAGAUUCAGAGAUCACGCAACUUGUAAAGUGUGGUGUACUGACAGUCAGAGAUGCUGGAAGCUGGUGGCUUUCGGUUCCAAACGCGGGGAAAUUCACCAAGUACUUCAUACAAGGACGGAAAGCCGUUUUGAAUAUGGUGAAAAAGGCCAAGUAUGGAGAGGUCUUGAAGAAUGAGCUCGAGUUGAGACGCACCACUUCCCACGUGAAGUUUCCCAUGAAAUACCACAUCUAUGACAUAAUGGGAGCAGAACUUGUAGAAAGUAUACCAACCACGUCUGGCACAAUGCUCCGCUAUGUGGACACAUGAUCAACAUGGAAAUUUCACUCCAAUGGAAUGCCAAUGUAUUGAUUUAAUUUAUUGCCUUAUGUUGAUGAGAUUAUAAAAGGUUGUGCUUACAUUGGAAAA